GAACCAGAGAGAAAAGGAGAUAGCAAUUCUCUGUGCUUCUCAUAACAUCACAGCCACCAUACCCCUCCAUUCUGUUCUUCCUUUCUUCCUCGUUAAAAUAAUUACAAAGAAAAGGAAGAAAGCCCUACCAAGCAAGUAACACUUUUUUUUAAGGAACAUUAUAGCCAUGUCAUAUAUUACAAUCUUGUUUUAUUAUAUAAACCACCGCAAACACCUCACAUAUUCCCCCAAAAUUUUCAGCUUCCUACGUACUUUUUCUUUGUCGUUGUUCAUUCACUCCUCUUUAAAAUUCUUGUUCUUCUCUAGACAAGCGAAAGGGAGAGUCAAUGCAUCUCUAUCAAGAAGAAACCUUUUGUCCAUUCAAGAAAAGGACCAAUGCCAAACCGGAAACCCCAUCGACGAUUGUUGGAGAUGCGACCCCAAUUGGGCUAACAACCGCCAACGUUUAGCUGACUGCGCUAUUGGGUUUGGUCAAGGCACAUUAGGUGGUAGAGGUGGCCAGAUCUAUGUGGUCACUGACUCCUCGGACCAUAACCCAGCCAACCCCACACCAGGCACGUUACGUUAUGCUGUUAUCCAAGACCAACCUCUUUGGAUCAUCUUUUCUUCGGACAUGGUCAUUAAGCUCAAACAUGAACUUAUUUUCAACAGUUACAAAACUAUUGAUGGCCGUGGCGCAAAUGUGCACAUUACAGGAAAUGGGUGCAUAACACUUCAACAUGUGACACAUAUUAUUAUCCACAACAUCCACGUUCACCAUUGCAAGCCUUCUGGUAACGCUAAUAUAGCAUCAUCACCAACACAUGUUGGACAGAGAGGGGAAUCGGAUGGUGAUGGUAUUUCCAUCUCUGGGUCCCAGAAGAUUUGGAUUGAUCAUUGUUCAUUAUCGUAUUGUACUGAUGGUUUGAUUGAUGCUAUACUGGGGUCUACUGCGAUUACCAUAUCAAACAACCAUUUUACGCACCAUAAUGAAGUGAUGCUAUUGGGGCACAAUGAUAAGUAUGUAUUGGACUCAGGAAUGCAAGUUACUAUAGCUUUUAAUCACUUCGGUGUAGGGCUGGUCCAGCGUAUGCCAAGGUGUAGAAGAGGGUAUAUACAUGUGGUGAACAAUGAUUUUACAGCUUGGGAGAUGUAUGCUAUCGGUGGUAGUGCAAACCCUACCAUAAAUAGUCAAGGGAAUCGAUAUACUGCACCAGCCGAUGAUAAUGCCAAAGAGGUAACAAAGAGGGUGGACACAAACGAGGGAGAGUGGGCAGAUUGGAAUUGGAGAACAGACGAGGACAUCUUGGUAAAUGGAGCCUUCUUUGUGCCCUCAGGAGCUGGUUUGAGUGAGCAAUAUAGCAAAGCCUCCAGCGUGGAACCCAGGUCUGCUAGGUUAAUUACAGAACUCACCAUGAAUGCUGGUGUCUUUGGUGACCCCAGAGAUGAUAGCGGGGGCAUUUCUAAUCCUGGAUUCAGCGGUGCUGGGACCAGUACUGUCACGCCCACCACCGGCACUCAAGGGACGGGGGCCAGUGGCGGUACUGAUGGCGACUACUUUGGAAUGAUAUUCGGUAGCGGCUCUUCACUACCCCGACCUCCCACAUCUAUUAGCUUAAUAUUUUUGUCUCUUCUAAUUAUUCUAGCUUUGAGCACCAUCACCAACAAUGGUGCCUUGUUAUCUUUCCCCUUAUUAUCAUUAUUUAAGUGAGGAAAAUAUUUGUCAUCAAUAUUAAGAUGUAAAGAGAGAGAAAAAUUCAUCACAAGCAGUUUGAUUCCAUUGCAAGCCCCACCGAUUAUCACAAGUGUAUAUAAUAACAUCAAAAGAUCACUGAUUUGAGCCCCA